ACGAUUUGUCGUUUGCCAAAACGUACGGCCGGGUUCACAUAACGACGGUUUCAUGACGGUGACUAUUCGCAAGAAAAGAGGUGAAGUCCGAGGUCCCCACCCGUCGGUCGUAUGUGAUAAUUCGAUUAGCAAGCGAAAAAGCUCCAGGCCCGAUUUCAACACGUCCUUGGAUUCAUGUCGCAGUGACGAAGAUGACGACGACUUCGUUAGAGGAGUAAAUACCCCUUAUCGUAGUCCGGCCCUACGGACUCCGGCUGAUUCUACUGCUUCGUGGCUGGACGCUGAAGAAUGUUGCCGGAACGGAGCUGAGUUUUUAGACGAAGCGACCAGCAUACUGCACGAUGAAGGCGAGUUUUCCGACCUGUAUCACGACCAACUGCGUGUCGAGUACGAACAGUGGAAGAAAAUACCGCACUUAAGGGUAAUCGGUAAGAAAAUUGAUUGUCCUAAUACACCAAGGCUAGACCUCCCAAAACGCAGAAACGUGACAAACGAUGACGAACGGACGAUGGGUGACUCUGUGGAUGAUACAGAACGCCGAUUGCAUGAACUUCGAGACCAAGUUUUUAUGAUUAUGAUGGAGUCAAUUUGGUUACGAGUAUUGGACGAACGUCCUACAACCGGAUGUCGACAGCUGAGUCACAAAGAUUCGGUCCUACCACUCUAUUCACCCUGUAGUAUAGAAUCUACACUAGUCGUCUCGCCCAUAUUGCCGGCUGAUCGUCCGAGAAUCAAGUCCAAAACUCGAUUGAAUGUCUUGCCGGCAACACAUCAACCCCAAAGAAAUAUUAAAUAUAAUCAAAAGCCUUGGUCGAAAAAUAACGUUACCAAUUUGCCACCAAUUGAAAUCCAUCCUAAAAAGAUUACGGACAAGACUAAACGAUGGUUUUCGGCUGUCGGUGCUCCGGGCAGGAACCACGUGCCCUCGCGGCCGGCCACUUCGGCCUUUCAGUUAUUGAACUCGCAUACGGAGGAUACCCCAACGAUAAACGUGCGUUUCGACAUAUCCAUCGACGGCAAGAGCAUCAAAGGGCUGCGGAAAAAAAGUUUUUACCAUAAUAACAAUGAUUAUCGUUCGUCGUCCAUUUGGCCGCGUAGCCCAAAAUGAAUACAACUCCACAUAAUAAUGUUAAUAUUAUACUCGGAAGUUGUAGAAAACCGCAGCUGUACAGGUUGACGGCGACUGGCUGUCUGUGGGCAUGGAAAUAAAAUAAAACGAUGAUCAAUGCCGUCAUGAGUACACGGUAACUAUACAUUAAAUCGUAUAGGAACAAU